AUGUCGUCGACUAUUCUCCGGCGACUUUUAUUGCUUUGGCGUCAUAAAGAUACUGAAGCUUCAACUGAUUCUCAUGGCGAUGGAAACUCCGAAGAUGAUCUCAAUCAAAUUGUUCCUCAUCAAUCCUGCCAUCGGUGUGAGGGGAUAUUCUCUGAAUUAACAAUGGAAGCUACCAUGAUAUCUGAUAAUUUCAGUUUCAGAGUCAAGCAGCUUGUUCAUCUUCAUUUCACUCCAGGCAUCCAAAGAUUCUUAUGUUGGUUAUUUCAAUGUUUCAAAGAUGAUCACGAAGCACUUGUACACAAAGGAUUGACGCUAAUCCAAUUUGUUGUCAUGAAUGCUAUCGCACUCAGAAAGAUUCUUAAAAAAUACGACAAAGUGCAUGAAUCUGCAAGUGGUAUGAACUUUAAGUCCAAAUUACAAGCCAAACACUUGGACAUUAUGCAAUCUCCAUGGUUGAUUGAAUUAAUAGCUUUCUAUAUGAAUCUCAAUGGGUCAAACAGUUUGACUUCUGAUGAGCUUUUUGGUCAACUAUCUUAUGAUCUCAACAUGCCCAAUGAAGAGUCUAUGCAACUAACUCUUACACUCGUAGGUUCUGAAAAAUUGGAGUAUAGUCUCACGUGUCCUAUUUGUUUGGACAUUGUUUUUGAACCAUAUGCGUUGAGUUGUGGACACAUUUUUUGCAAGUCAUGUGCUUGUUUGGCGGCUGGUGUAUUGAUCAUUCAAGGGUUCAAGUAUGCAAGCCCAGGCUCCAAGUGUCCAGUUUGUCGAGAGAGUGGAGUGUAUGGUAAAUCAGUGUGCAUGUCUGAACUAGGUUUGCUCUUAAAAAGAAGGUAUAAAGAUGGAUUUAAGAAGAGACUGAUGGAAGAGCGAGAAAGAAUAUUAACCCAAACUAAAGAAUAUUGGGAGUUGCAAUCAAGUUAUUUGAUGGGCUUAUGACAUUUCAGCGUGCUCGAUUUUUUGGUGUUUGUUCGCAAGCUUUAUUGUGUACAAAAGUUUGUUAUGUACAUAAAAACUUUGUAUGUAGAAUAAAUAGUGUUGAAGUAACUGAUAUAGUUUAACAAAUGAAUUGAGUUAUAUUUUCAUUAAUAAUGACAAUCUUCGAAAUAAAAAUCUUGUAGAUAGGCUAAGGAUCCAUUCAGGAAUUGCAUUG